GACAAUUAGAUUUAGAUUCGAUAAUGUUUUAGUAUAAAAGCCUGACAACCAAUCAACUAAUCAUAGUUUUCUAAUAGAAACUUCAAAAAAGCAGCAUCAUGAAAUUCUUCGCAGCCUUCGCUCUGAUCGUCGCCGUGGCCUCGGCCGCCGUGAUCCCCUUCACCCCGGCUCAGAUCGCCGAGAUCGAGCAGAUCGUUGAGGCCAUCCAGAGCCCCAGCACCAACCCCGCCACCGCCGCCGCCCUCGAGCAGAUGCUCCACGACCUGCUCGGCUCCAGCGUCGCCGACGUCAUCGCCAGCCCCAUCCUCGUCCCCGCCCAGCCUGAGUUCGAGCCCAUCAGCAUCGGACCUAUCGUCGUCGACCAGCCCUCCAUCGUGUACCCCACCCCGGUCAUGCCGAUCGUCGUCCCCGAGCCCGUCGCUCCCGGCCCCAUCGUGGUCCCCAGCCCCAUCGUGGUCCCCGAGCCCGUGGUCCCCGAGCCCGUGGCCCCCGCCAGCAGCACCCCCCUCGUUCAGAUCAUCCUGAACAUCAACCAGGCUGACGCUGCCGUCCCCCCCGUCGCCAUCACCCCCGAGACCAUCGCCGUCCCCGAAGGCCCCAUCGUCGGCAGCCCCAUCACCAUCGUUGAAGAGGCUGAGAACGUGAUCGCUCCCUCUCCCAUCCAGAUUGUGGACUCUGCUCCUAUCGUCCCCUCUCCCAUCCAGAUCGUUGAUGCUGCUCCCAUCGUGCCUGAGCCCAUCCAGAUCGCCGAGCCCGCCCCCAUCGUCCCCUCUCCCAUCCAGAUCGUAGACGCUGCCCCUAUCGUGCCUGAGCCCAUCCAGAUCGCCGAGCCUGCUCCCAUCGUGCCCGAGCCCAUCCAGAUCGGAGCCCCCAUCAUCCCCUCCCCCGCGGUUGUCCUCCCUGAAGAGCUCAGCUAAGCGACUCAAAACAUGUUGUGGAAUAAAGAUUGAAGUUAAUUAA